AAUAAAACUUAAUUAGCAUUUUAAUCUCACUAAAGCAACUUUUUAUAUUAAUUGUAUUAUUCUUUAAAUAAAUAUUUAGUUUAAAUGAAUACUUGUUGAUAUUGAUUAUAUUAGGAUGAUUAAAAUUGGCCAAAUCAAUUGUAACUCCCUAAAAACUGAGUACUAAAAAAUCAUCACGGUGCAUAGGAAUAUUAUUUCUGUGGUUGUGUUGCUUUGCACGCACAAAACUGUGUAUAUUAGUCAGGUCAAACAUGACCCAUCAUGGAGCUGUGGCUGUCAUGAAUCAGAGCUGCAGAGUCAGAAUCCAACAAGAAGUCACGUUUGUCAUUAUUCAUUUUAUUCCUAAUAUUUUCAGUUGUAGCGAGGCUUACAGAGUUAUUGAGCAAACCUGGAGGUCAUUUCAUAACAAGAAUUCAAGAUAUUUAGACAGUGGAAACAAUCCUCUUUGGGCUCUGUGGUAGCUUUUCCUCUGUUCAAACAUCUAUGGAAUGAUUCAGAGAUCAAAGAUCGCCGCUGAAUGUUUUUCUCCCCUGAGCCGCAAAAGUUUGACUAACUACCCUAAUAGAGACAUUUCAGUGUGUCCUUUCACUCAGUGGUUCACAUUCUUCACAUUCCAGCUAAGUGACACAGACAGGAUGAUACACAAACACAGACACAAAGAUGGACUCAGUUAUGUUAAAACUCAUAUAUAAUAACAGCAAUGCUUUACUGAAAAUGAAGAAUCGAGAUGCAAAAAUUGCACUGUUUAGAAAGCAUAUAUCAUUUGCGUUAGCAACAGAUCACAAUAAAUACAAUGCAAAAAUAAGCACGCACAAACAAUGUGUAAAUGUUAUUUUCAUAUGAAAAAAACUAAAUUAAGGACAUAUAUGCAUAUUAAACAAAAGUUUGGGCCUGAAUCAUAUGUUACAGCUCAUCUUUAGUUGUGCAGUUAAGUUGUCCUUUUGCUAAUGAGGUUUGCAGAUUCAAAAAUAUUCAUGAGGAAAACAGAAUAUGUGAGCUGUGUGAUUUGGGAGUGAAGUGGAGCGUGAGUCCUGUAUUUCUUUGUACUGCACAUACUAUCAGGAUUGUAAAUUUGGCAUGAAAUGGCUCAACAAAGCCCUGACAUUUUCUGGUGUAAUGAUGAUUAGAAAUCAAAUCAGAAAUUGUCAUUGCUGUUUAAUUUUGAUGUGCUUAAAUUAGCUAACUUCCAAAACUCUCAAAAGCCCGGAAAAGAAGGUGAGAUGGACUAUGUUAUUAUUUACUCUGAAUUCUCCAGUAUUAUACAGUAAAUGUUUUAGUUAGUGAGUUAUGAAUUUUGUUCCAGAUAUAAAUCUGAUUAUGAUUGAAAAACAUUCUAAUUGUUUUUCUUUAUUUUAUUUAUUUCUUGGUAGUAUUGUUUGAAAAUGCCAGCAUGGCAUUCUGGAUCUGGCUUAUAUGAAUUUGUGGUGUCUUGUAAAGCCUGUGCAGGAUGGGCAAAGCUGUAUGCAUGACACAGUAAUAAAACUUCAUUCAAUCAUUCAGACAAUUAAAUAAAAUGAGAAAGAACUGGCCACCACCUCCUCUAAACAUAAUCAGAAAAUAAUUUCCAAGGCUCAACAUGAGAGUAUUUAUCUUAUUUAAACCUUUAUCCUUAGUUGAAAUUGACCUACUGCUGCCUGUACUGAAUAACUGUAUAAACGUCCAGUGUUAAUGCUCGAGGACGUAAACUCUCCUUCAUCUCUGCCUGAGCCAAUAGUUUGUCACUGACCUGCCUAUCUGCUCUAAUGUUGGGCAUGGCAGUACAGCUGGAGGCACAUAAGCUGCUGUUGUAUCUACUGUCUCUGUGCUUCUACAUACAGUAUAUAUGUGUGAGGAAGUUGCAUGCAUGGAUAUGAACUGCUCUGCUGUGGACUCGGUGCCCUGGCAGUACAGUGUCCAUGUUGGUGUGGGAGCCUGAGGCCUGCUCCCAUACAUCCCUGCUCUGGCUCUGUUGAUCCUAUUGUCUCCUGCGUCACCACGCGUCGCCCGGCAAAUAAAGGCCGUCUGGCUCCAAGCUUAAAUAUUGCAGCAAACUAAAAACCAACCAUCAGAGCCGAUUCAUUCACAUCUGCUCAGUGGGGCGACAAGGACGGGGCUUUAGGUGGGAAAGAGGGCAGAAAAAAGUUCACUUUUCCCUGCUGGGUGCCAAGAGAACGGGACAAGACUCAACUUUGCCGGAGCCGCAGCUGUGUGCUACGGACCGAUCAUGGGUGACUGGAGCUUUCUGGGUAAUAUUUUAGAGGAAGUUAACGAGCACUCUACGGUGAUCGGCCGGGUGUGGCUCACGGUGCUCUUCAUCUUCCGAAUCCUCAUCCUGGGCACGGCGGCGGAGUUUGUGUGGGGCGAUGAGCAGUCUGACUAUGUCUGCAACACACAGCAGCCCGGAUGUGAGAAUGUGUGUUACGACGAGGCCUUCCCCAUCUCCCACAUCCGCUUGUGGGUGCUGCAGAUCAUCUUUGUGUCCACACCGUCUUUGGUGUACGUGGGUCACGCUGUGCACCAUGUCCACAUGGAGGAGAAACGCAAGGAGCGUGAGGAGGCAGAACUUAGCCGGCAGCAGGAGCUGAGCGAGGAGCGUCUCCCUCUGGCACCCGACCAGGGAAGUGUCCGUACCACUAAGGAGACCAGCACAAAGGGAAGCAAGAAGUUCAGGCUGGAGGGCACCUUGCUGAGGACCUACAUCUGCCACAUCAUCUUCAAGACACUGUUUGAGGUGGGCUUCGUGGUGGGCCAGUACUUCCUGUAUGGCUUCCGCAUCCUGCCCCUGUACAAAUGCAGCCGCUGGCCCUGCCCCAACACGGUGGACUGCUUUGUGUCUCGCCCCACAGAGAAGACCGUCUUCAUCAUCUUCAUGUUGGCUGUGGCCUGUGUCUCACUCUUUCUCAACUUUGUGGAGAUCAGUCAUCUGGGCCUGAAGAAGAUUCGCUUUGUCUUUCGCAAGCCGGCCCCGGCCCCAGCCCAAGGUGAGGGCUCGGCCCCCCUGCCGCCACAAGGGAAGAGCCUGCCUCCCCUGGCUGUGCCCUCCCUGCAAAGAGUGAAAGGUUACAGGCUGCUGGAGGAGGAGAAAGCUCCCCCCAUAACUCACCUCUACCCGCUGGCUGAGGUGGGCAUGGAGGCUGGCAGAGGGGCCCCACCCUUCCAGGGGCUGGAGGAGAAGGCGGAGGAGGUGCUUCCCAUGGAGAACAUCUCUAAGGUGUAUGACGAGACUCUGCCCUCCUACGCCCAGACCACUGAGACAGCGGGGGUGACUUUACACGAGGAGGAGGCCGAGAAGGUGCAGCCGGCAGAGGCGGAAGCAGAGAGGGUGGAGGAGGUUGUGGAUGAGGAUGUAGAGGUAAAGGAGGUGGUGAACGGGGAGGGGGUAACUCCAGCGGAGGCAGGGAUGGAGGCCACGGAUACGAUAGAAGACACCAGACCGCUGAGCCGACUGAGCAAAGCCAGCAGCAGGGCCAGUUAGGCACUGACUUUCAUUCAUUCAGACAGCAACAUGUUGCAAAUGCAGCAUGUGGCUGCAUACGGCGCGGGUGGGAUGGAGGAUUCUUCUAAAUAUUGGGGCAUCAACAGGACCUUUUAUCUGAUAUGUUGCAUGUUCUGGAUUUUCUCACCAGCAGAAGGAAAGACUAUCUCGGAGGUGGUUGGCAGCAAGGUGAUCCUGCAUUGUAACAACGAGUCAAUCAGCACGCUCUUUCAGCUGACAUGGAAAAAGAACGGGGAUAAUCUGUUCAGUUUCAACACAAAGAAACCUUUACACGUCAGUGAAGAAGCUCUCAGCCUGAAGAUAAAUAUGUCUCUGUCAGUUAGCCAACUGUACGCACUGGUCAUAGAGAGAGUCCAGAAGUCUCACACAGGAAACUACACCUGUGAGACCAACACAGUAAAAGGACCCUGGGAAAAGAAGUGGGAGCUGAUAAUUACAGAGGAAUCUGAAAAUCGGCAUAUACUAGUGAUUGCUGUGGCAGUAGUUGUUCCUUGCCUGUGUUGCCUCAUCUUUUUAAUUGGUUUUAUUGUUCUGCAAAGAGUCUACAAACAGCAUGCAGAAAAUAGAGUUCAUUCUCCCACUGCAGAAAUGGAGCAAACAGAAGAUAUUUAUGAAAACUGCCUGGAAAAUUAUGUUAGUCAACGCCAUGGCUAUAAUCAGCAUUACCAUUACAAAUCCAGGGCUCACUGAUAUGAAGUGCAGUCCAAAAGUCUAAAAGGGAAGGGGACAGCAAAAAGGAAGGGAGUACUGGAGGUUGGUAAAUGAGUGAAACAUUGUUAAACAAGGAUAAACAAGGAGUGAAGUUGCAGGACACAAAAUGAAAACAAUUGGCUAAAAGAGGCCAAAAUGCUCUAUUGAACUGUAGGUCAUUUUCUGUGGGUUUGUCAUGUCAUGAGUGACACCUUUCACAUUACACAUUCACUUGGUCCAUUCUUAAAAUAAAAAUAUUGAUUAGUGUAGCUUUAUACUUUUGUAAAGGAAUGCGUUGACACAGUAGGACUGUGCAACAGAGGAGAUACAGUGGCAAACACUGGCAGCAGCUUUAAAAAGAAAAUACUGCAUGGGUCCAAGGAACAUAGAGCAGCUUUAUCAGUCAUUUGUGGUUAUAUGUGUGAAUUGUCAUAGAUGCUCGACAUUAAAAAAUAACUAAAUAAAAAUAACCCUAUCCCACACAAAAAACCCAGUUUCCGUCAUAUAGUGACUAACGCCUACCUGGCAAUGAUGGGUGGCAACAUGUUUGCCAUCAUAAGACUUUUAGUUGAGUUUUUGAUUGUAAGCUUACUGGUUUAACGAUAUAAUCAUCUGUUAAAGGGCAACUUAUCACUUACUGUGGCUAUAUGUUUGUUGAGUCCAUAAAAAAUAUGCUAAAGGGCAAGACACAAUCCUGAAUCCUUGAAAUACUGUGUGAGAUACAGAUAAAAAUUAUUCUAGCUCUGUUUAAUUAACUAAAACUGCAGAUUAGGAAUCAAGGAUGUGUAGAGUACAAACUGCAAUUCUAGAAAUACUUAAGGAAUUCGUAGUGUUUAAUUAGGAUACAGUUCAAGGGAAAGGCAAAUAAGUAGCUAUACAAAUGAGAUAAUGAAAAACAAUGUUGUAUAAUUCCAAAACAAUUACUUCAAUGAAAAAAUAAAACAAAAUGCCAAAGAUUAUAGCAUAAUAAAGCAAACACAAAAAUAUUAAAGAAAUAAAUAGAGAUUGAAAUGGUGAAACCUAUUAGUGCAUACUUUAAAAACACACAACACACGUGAUUUUAGAAAAAUAGUUGCCUUUCUGAAAUAAAAACCCAUUGUCAAUUUCUACCAGGUGGUUUUUGAAAAAACUUUGUGGGCUUUCUGAGUUUUCUCUGUUUUUGCAGGAAUGUUUUUAUUUAUUCGCCUUUCUUCAUCGUUACAUCGUUGUCAAAAUUGAGUCCAAUUAAAUGUUUUUUAUGCACAUUUAGUUGCUCAUUUAUAUAUUUUAUAAAGGAUUCCUUAUAGUCUUUAGUUUGAAAUGUAGAUAUAUUCAGAUGUAUUUCUUACUCCUUUUUCUACUAUAUAAAGUAUCUUGAGUUGUUUUUAGUUAUGAAAUGUUCUAUAGUAACAAAUUGGCCUUGCGUUGCUUUGCCAAGGUGAAAAGAAACCAGCUGGGGACCUAACUGUUGCACCCACAAAGGUUCAAUUUCAGUAGAAAUAAUAUGUUUUUAUAAUAACAUGGUGACAAGUAAAUUUUGAUAUCAAUUUUUCCAGCAACAUGAAAAAUUGGCUAUGUGAUGAAACUUGAAUGUAUGGUUGUGUACUAGUUUUUGACCACAAGUAUUGCUAAGGUGCUGUGUUUUAUUUGGAAAAUUGGGGAAAAGGAAAAAUAUUACAGUUACUAUCUGCUUUGGUUUUAUGGGUAGAGUUGUGAGUGUAACAGUAACAAGUGAAACAGAGUAGUCUGAUGUGAUGUAACCUGAGAGAGUUAGUUUGUUGGUUUGGGGUUUGUGUUUACUGUCUUGCCAUGUUGCCAUUGAUUAAAGGAGAUUAUUCCAGGAGAA